AUUAAUAUGUAUUAUAAACCACAUUUGCAAAGUUGUUGCUCUCAGCUUCGGUGUCAAGGUCGACAUCCUCAACUAGUCGGUAGGCGGCGCACUUUAAUGACAGAGAAAGAAGCAGGAACCCACGAAGAAGCAAUCCAAACCAAUCACAAUACGAAAAGACAGUAGCUUCCUGUUUGUAGCCAUAACACACUCGUGCACGGCAUUGACAGACAAGUUAACAUCAUGUGUAUUCUCAGUUGCUCUAAACACUUAGUGUUAUCGGUAUCGAAACAGAGCAUUAAGCAACAGUAUGCGGGUGUUUUCAGAAGCGCCUGUCUGAUCCCCAAAGCUCGACAUGGCAGCGAGCUCCUGUGUCGACCUUUCACAGCAAAUUCAGCGACUUUGUAUCAUCACUGGCACAAGGCGUCCCUUUGUCACCUGGUCACAAAACGAUACAGGUCAGACGAGUUUAAUGAAAGAAACAUUAGGUGCGCUGGUGAGUCUCAAGAGGACGCGGAUGAAGCGGACAGCAGCAUCACCGACGCAGACCACAGUCAAAGAUCGUCAGAGGGUUUCUCCAUCGACGUGCUGGUGUCUUUGCUGCGCCAGGAGAACGCAGUUGACAUCUGUGUCAUUAAAGUACCAGAGCACAUCAAAUACUCGGACUACUUUGUUGUUGUCAGUGGGAUUUCGCCGAGACACCUCCGCGCAAUGGCACUUUAUGCCAUCAAAGUGUACAAAUUUUUGAAGAAGGAUGCAGAUCCACAUGUCAAGAUUGAAGGGAAGGAUGCAGAGGACUGGAUGUGCAUUGACUUUGGGAGUAUGGUUGUUCACUUCAUGCUGCCUAAGACCAGAGAGGUGUAUGAACUGGAGAAACUGUGGACUCUGCGCACCUUCGAUGAGCAGCUGCAGAGUAUCCCUGCUGAGACGCUACCAGAGGACUUUAUGUAUGGUGUCGAAGUCACAAAGUGACAGCAAAGGACAGACAACACAUGCAUCUCACAGACUUGAACAGCUCAUUGCACCUGGACACAUCUGCUCUUUUAAGCUGUGAUCUCUUUCACCACAACUUGGAAGCAGUGAAGGUGUCAGCAGUGAAGUUAUUAGAUUAUUUUUUAUAAUUGUCAUGUCUGUCGUCAUUGGCAACAACUGAUGGUAUCUUGGGAAAUGUAAAGUUUGGCUAGAUAAAAGACCAUUUUUAAUAUAUCCUCCUCCAAUUAAUUUAAAUAUUUUUUUGGUCUGUAAAGUAAAUGCUAUAAGAAAUAUUAACCCAACUAUCUGGACAAAUUUCUGCCCAUCAUCCCUUUUCAUUUUGUUUAGCCAGUAGGUGGCAUCAGACUGUAUCUGUAAAUUAAGAUUACUUUGUUCUGUAUUUUGAGUAAUGAUUGUUGACUCUGCUGAGAGGUGUAUAUAUAAAUUUAUUAUAACAUUUUGAUGCUAUGAAAUAAAGUGAUAUUUAAAAUUU